CAGGCGUCUUCGCUCGGCCGUCGCCCAUGGCGGCCGCACUAGCCGUGCCGGGCGGUACAGCUGGUGUCGUUGUGUCGCCUGCAGCCGCACUGCAGCCAGACGGAUACAUCGGACCUGGAGUACACAUGCUGGGGCUGGAUGACGUCGAGGUGCACCAUGGGGGCGCAUACUCUACUUCCGACCCUUUAGAUGAUAGUACGGACCCGUCAGCUAUCUUGCAGCGCCUUCAGCAAGGUGGCGUGGUGGUUAGUGCAGCCGGUGGGCGUGGGGCGAGCAACAGCGCCUCAUCGCCAACUCUACGCAUAUCGCAACUGCCUUCGCCGCUCUCCGUCACUACGUUCUCCGCGCACCUGCAAACACACCCGCACCCCAACAAUUCGCCAACAACCGCAACGUGGUCAACCCCCGCGACGUGAAAGGCCGCCUCGGCUGCCUGACCAAUGGCCUCAUCCCCACGCUGCUGCGAGCGUUCCCUGCCACCCUCGCGCUUGCAGGAAGCGCCGCGCUCUACGCAGUCCUCCAGAUCCCCCUGGAAGCCAUCACCCCCAACCUCGUACACGACUAGGACAUCUACGUCAUUGCUCCCACCGCAGCCGCUGGCUUCACGAUCCUUCGCAACGCCAUCCACCUCCUCACCAUGCUGCAAGACGUCCAUAUCCUGCGCAUCAUCGACACCGAGCGCGCCACGACCGUCGUGUGCGACGUCACCAUUGGCAACCGCACCACCCACCAACGCGUUCAAUUCAACAAGCGCGUCGCCCAACACAAGCAUGCCAUCGUCACAGCCUAUGACCUCUCCGUAGUCAUGCUUGCCGUCCUCCUCGACGACCCGGCAGACCCGGACCUCAACACGUACUGCCACGCCCUCUGGUUCUACUCGCUAAUUGUCGGCGCCGCCAUUUCCAUCCCCAGCCAAUUCUCCCUCCGCCGGGCGUCUAAGUACCACGCCCGCGGCUUUCCCCUAUGGAUCACCCGCUACCACCCGGUGGUAUACCUCUCCAACGGCCGCAUCCAGUGCCCGCCUACCGAGCUCGCAUCGGCGGGCGGCAACCUCUUCGUCAUCGCCUACGACGACUUCGCCGCCUUCAUGCGGUGCACGGGCGCGCAGCUCCGCUCCCUGGUCAGCCGCGCCACCAGCAUGGCGUCCACUGAAUGGCGUGACCCCGGCAGCACACUCUCCGCCACCGAAUGGAGCCGCCUGCGCCCGCACCUGCACCGCGCCCAGCUGGACGACGAUGCCCACGUGCUCCACACCAAGUGGAACCCCGCCGCCAUCCCGUGGAUGGGCGAGCGCCGCAACGCCCACUGAGGGGCCGACGUUUUGCUUUGCGGCGUAACGGUACACUUGCGCAGCACUGGGUUUGGUUGGUGUCCGUUUUGCUAAGGGUUACACGGCUGGUUAUAUGGCACUAACUAGACUGUUUGACACCAUGCCGAGCUGUUCAGUUGUUGUUGAAAGGGGCCGACGUCUUGCUUUGCGGCGUAACGGUAACGUCCACUAGAUAACGACCUGCUGUACUUUUAGCAGGAUAGAUCCGACGGCUGGUUGCGCAGCACUGGGUUUGGUUGGUGUCCGUUUUGCUAGGGGUUACACGGCUGGUCACAUGGCACUAACUAAACUGUUUGGCACCAUGCCGAACUGUUCAGUUGUUGUUGAAAGGGGCCGACGUUUUGCUUUGCGGCGUAACGGUAACGUCCACUAGAUAACGACCUGCUGUACUUUUAGCAUGAUAGAUCCGACGGCUGGUUGCACGGCACUGGGUUUGGUUGGUGUCCGUUUUGCUAGGGGUUACACUGCUGGUCACAUGCCACUAACUAGACUGUUUGGCACCAUGCCGAGCUGUUCAGUUGUUGUUGACUUGUUGCCAGUUGCCAAAAGACUGGCGACAAUUGAACCAGGUUGUACGCUUGGCAGAGAAUACCUGCCGGCCGAUUGUACGGAGAUUGACUCCUUGUAGCAGCAACAUACCGCCCAUACAUUUGUCGCCUCCUCCCGUUCCACACCACAUACCCAACCUAACUUUCAGCUUACAUAACUCGCUUCCCUUGCCGAGCUACGGG